AGAGAGAGGGAGAGAGAGAGAGAGAGAGCACCUCUGCCGCUCUCCUUGCCUUCUCUCCUGUGCGCAGUGCUCCGGCCCGGCCGCUCCUUCCUUCCUUCCUCAUUUCCUCCCCACAGCUGGCUGUCUCCUCUCUCGGAUGCUGGUUGUGCCUUCUCCCUUCGCACUACCGCCGAGCAGGACCAAAUACUUCGGAGGGGUGGAAUGACUGACUACCUGUUUUGCAUGGUCUGAAUUUCGGGAAAUUCGCACGUCGGAAAGGAGGGGAGUCAAGAGGGAAAAAGGAGGCUCUCCAUCCUCCCCGAGGGAAUUUAUUUUACAGAGGUAUGCCAGUGCCUGAGGUGGCGUCUGACACUGCCAGCGCUGCUACCAUGUUGAGCCCCGUCCUCAAUGCCUCCAACGGAGACGGCUCCGAGUCUGAAACCACCUCCGCCAUCCUCGCCUCAGUCAAGGAACAGGAGCUGCAGUUUGAACGCCUGACCAGGGAGCUGGAAGCCGAACGACAGAUUGUCGCCAGUCAGCUGGAGAGAUGCAAGCUUGGCUCUGAGACUGGAAGCAUGACUAGCAUCAGUUCAGCAGAUGAGAAGUUUCGCUGGAAUAACCAAGAUGGACAGAAGGACAUAGAGGAGGAGCUGACAACAGGCCUAGAGCUGGUGGACUCCUGCAUCCGAUCGCUCCAGGAAUCAGGCAUCUUGGACUCACAGGACACUUCUACAGGAGACAGACAAGGACUCCUGUCCCAAAGCGCUUUACAGCUUAACAACCAAGAUGCCUAUGCAGCAGCUGGUUACCAUAGUAAUCAAGGGCUGACACUUGGAGAAUCAGUCCCAGGCCGCAGUGGGCAAAUCGGAGGGGCAGUCCACAGCUACAACCAGGUGACAUCCAGCCGUGCAGCUGCCCAGUUAGUAGGCACAGACUCUCCUUCACAGUCCCAGAGAGACUCAUUUGCCCAGCAGGCCCUUGGCAGCGCUUUCCACAUGUCCACAGAGGGCGGACCUGCACCUGCUGGACCAUCCAUGUAUUACUCGUGUGCCACUUUGCCUGCACAGCGUGUGAGCUCCCCUCUGCAGGCGGUGGGAUCUCCUACCAAGCUGCAGCGCCUGGGAUCAGCCUCUGCUGACAUGCCCAGCUACGCCACGCUACAGAGAGUGUCCUCACCUAAACAAUCACCCAGCCGACUCGCCAAAUCCUACAGCACCUCAUCCCCCAUCAACAUGGUAGCAUCAGGUGCUGGCGGCUCAUCCUCACCGCUCCCCAUGGUAGGCUCUCCAGGGGGAAACCACUCCUCGUCACCCAUACACCAGCUCAGCUCUGCGGUGGGGAGCUACGCCACCCUGUCGCCCACCAAGCGCAUGCUGCAUCACAUCGGAGCAGAUACCUACAAGAUUUCCCACGAGCUGUACGCUAACGCAACCCUGCAAAGGCCUGGUAGCCUGGCAGGUAGAGGGUCCAGAGGUUCCUACAGUAGCCAGCACAGUCACCUGGGCUCCGAACUGCGACCCCUGCAGUCUCCUGAACACCACAUCGACCCCAUCUAUGAAGACAGAGUCUACACCAAACCUAACAUUAGAGGACAAGCCCCACCCUCCCCCGGUGUCGACCCAAUCCCCUUACAGCGAACGGGAAGCCAGAGCGCCACCGCCACCUUCCAGAGAGGCAGCUUUGCCACGGGAGGCGGGGCGGCCGACUAUGCCAAUCCGUACCGCACUCUGCAGUUCUGUCCGUCGACCGAGUCGCCUUACAGCAAGUCGGGCCCCGCCCUCCCCCCUGAGGCGGCGCUGGGCCGAUCCCCAUCAGUGGACAGCAUCCAGAAGGACCCAAGGUACGACCCCGAAUUCCUUGUGUGGAAUCAAAAUCAAGCCGAGCAAAGAAUGACAAAGGAGUUUGGCUGGAGGGAUCCAGAACUGCCAGAGGUGAUCCAGAUGUUGCAACAUCAGUUCCCAUCAGUCCAAUCCAAUGCUGCUGCUUACCUCCAGCACCUCUGCUUUGGAGACAACAAGAUCAAAUCUGAGAUUCGGCGGCAGGGUGGAAUCCAGCUGCUGGUGGACUUGUUGGACCACAGGAUGACUGACGUCCACCGCAGCGCCUGCGGAGCCCUGAGGAACCUGGUGUAUGGCAAAGCCAACGACGACAACAAGAUCGCCCUGAAGAACUGCGGAGGCAUACCUGCUCUAGUGCGACUGCUCCGGAAGACCACAGACGUGGAGAUCCGAGAGCUGCUCACAGGUGUUUUGUGGAACUUGUCAUCAUGCGACGCCCUGAAGAUGCCCAUCAUCCAGGACGCUCUGGCCGUUCUGACCAACGCUGUGAUCAUCCCACACUCGGGCUGGGACACCUCCCCGCACACGCAAGAGGACCGCAAACUGCACCUACACUCCUCCCAGGUCCUCCGCAAUGCCACCGGCUGUCUGCGGAACGUGAGCUCUGCAGGUGAGGAAGCCCGUAGGAGGAUGAGGGAGUGCGAGGGUCUGACUGACGCUCUGCUCUAUGUCAUCCAGACCGCUCUGGGGAGCAGCGAGAUUGACAGCAAGACUGUAGAGAACUGUGUGUGCAUCCUGAGGAACUUGUCGUACCGUCUGGCUGCGGAGACCUCUCACAGCCAGCAGGGGGGAUCGGAAGAGUUGGACGGCUUGUUAUGUGAUACUGGAGGGAAGGACGCAGAGAGUUCGGGAUGUUGGGGCAAGAAGAAGAAGAAAAAGAAGGGACAUGACCAGUGGGACGGCGUCGGCCCAUUUCCAGACUUGGCGGAGCCCCCGAAAGGCAUCCAGAUGUUAUGGCACCCCACCAUCGUUAAGCCCUACCUCACACUGCUGUCUGAGUGCUCCAACCCAGACACCCUGGAGGGAGCAGCUGGGGCUCUGCAGAAUCUAGCUGCUGGCAGCUGGAAGUGGUCCGUCUAUAUCCGAGCUGCGGUGCGCAAAGAGAAAGGACUCCCUAUCCUGGUGGAGUUACUGAGGAUAGACAAUGAUAGGGUGGUUUGUGCUGUGGCUACAGCCCUGAGAAACAUGGCUCUGGACAUCAGGAACAAGGAGCUAAUUGGUAAAUAUGCCAUGAGGGACCUGGUGCACCGUUUGCCUGGAGGCAGCAACAACAACAACAGCAGCGGUGGGGGAGGAGGCGGAGGAGGUGGCACCAACAGCAACAGCGGGUUGGUGGGGAAGACCAUGUCGGAUGACACCAUCACGGCUAUCUGCUGUGCGCUGCAUGAGGUCAUCACCAAGAACAUGGAGAACACCAAAGCCCUGAGGGACGCUGGCGGCAUCGAGAAGCUCAUUGGCAUCGCCCGCAGCAAGGGAGACAAAAUUCCCAGACAUAGUCCCAAAGUGGUGAAAGCUGCAUCUCAAGUCUUGAACAGCAUGUGGCAAUACAGAGACCUGCGCAGCCUCUAUAAAAAGGACGGCUAUUCCCAGUACCAUUUUGUUGGCUCCUCCUCCACGAUAGAGAGAGACAGACAGCGACCUUAUUCUUCCUCUCGUACGCCCUCCAUCUCUCCUGUGCGGACCUCGCCCAACAAUCGAUCAGCGAGUGCUCCUGCGUCCCCCAGGGAGAUGAUGGCGUUGAAGGAGAGGAAGGCAGACUACGAGUCAACUGGCAAUGCCAGUUACCAUAGCAGCAAGGGCGAGCACACAUCCCGGAAAGACGCCAUGGCGGGUCAAAUCUCUGGUGGGUCUUCAACACUACACAGAGGAGCGUAUGUGUCCCCAACCGAUGACCUGAAGUAUAAUCAGGUAUCUUCUCAAGGCUUGCCAUCAGAACCCUACCCCCCUUUCCAAAAUCCUCCUCCACCCGACAGCAGCAACUACGAGGAUCAGGCCUGCUAUGAGAACCAGGUUCAUGCUGGAGGGCGUCCCCCGCAGGGUGACCUUAACAUGCACCUGCAGGGCCUCAAGUCCACCGGCAACUAUGUAGACUUCUACUCAGCCUCACGGCCCUACAGCGAGCUCAACUACGAGACCAGCCACUACCCAGCCUCACCAGACUCCUGGGUGUAAGGGGAGAUGAGGGAGGAGGAGGAGAGUACGGAUAACAGAAAACCCGGAAGUGAAGGGGGGGUGGCUUAAAGGUGGAGUGAAAGAAGAUGAAAGGACAGGUUCCCUUCCUCCCUCCCCAUCCUCCCCUGUAGUUCCUGAGUAGCAUCAUAGAUAGCAGGACGAUGAAGGGGGAGGAUGGAGCGCAUGAAAGGAGACGCGGGGAGAAAGCUUGAUAGACAUUUCACUCCUUUCAGGGACAUCUCGGAGAGGAAGGAGAGGACCAGAAGCAAAUCGAGGAGUGGCCAAGCAUGUGCAUGCACACCACCAACCAAACUGACCGACACAUUUUCUUUCUGUGUUUCGUUUGUGAUCAACAAGUGGUAGAGAAGGUUCACCAGACAGAAAGAGCGCCCGGUUCUUCUAGGCCUCUGGAUACAGAAUGUCAAUCGGAGAAUAACCCAGAGAGAGAGAAGAGAGUCGGGACAUGGAAGGAAAGCGGGAGAGCAAAAGUUGGCAAACGGUUUUGCGAUGAAGAAGGACGAUGAAAGAUAAACGUGGAUCGGUGGACUUGAGGAUGAGAAGUUUUGCAGCGAGUCAGAGAUACCCCAAGAGGAAUCUGUAAAUAUGUGGUAUAGCAUCCAUGGGUUUUAGUAAAGUGAAGCACAAGAGCUGUAGGACACAUAGGACGUCUGUCACACAAAACUUUUCUUUCUGUCUGUGGCUUCAGCGUGACGUUUUCUCUGGGCAAGAAAGACUUUUGGUCAUUUGUAACACUUUUUUUUGUGUUUCUACUUUUUUAAUUCUGGUUGUAUAGUAUUUGAUGUACACUGUACAUUUACGGAGAUGCAUUGCGUACUGUACAUUGCACUAUUUUCUGUGUCAUGUCAGGCCUUUUGCCACUGGUUCCGACUCACCUCCUCACCAAGUACGCCCCCUUACCCGAACACACACAGACACACACAGACUUUCAGAACUCAUAUCAUGGAUGUCGCUAAUGUGAAACACUGGAUAUGAAUUGCAAGGUCACGGUGCUCCUUUCCACUGCCCUACAGUUAGUACAGCUGCCAGAACUGCUAAAGAAAGGGUGUUUUUUUUUUUGUUUUUUUUUUAGAUUUAUUUUGUAGGCUAGCGUCACAUCUUCUCCACACCAUUUCCCUGCUUUUAUCCACCCCCCCCUCCUUCAAGUGACCUGUGUUCAUCGUGUAUAUAACCGUGCCAAACGAGGGAUACUUCCCCUCAGCUGAAAGGGGAGUGUUGACGGUGCAUUCAAGGGUCCAAGUUGAGCUGAAGGUUUUCAGCUGAACAUCCUCGCCGUUCUAACGAUGCCACUUUGUAAAUGCUUUGGUUUUUCUAAACUGUGUUUUACUGGGAUGAAAACCGUCUAACUGCACCGAAACUCCCGAGUAAAAUCGUAACAAGAAAAAAAAAAAAAAAAAAAGAGAAGAGAAGAGAAAAAGGAAAAUCGCGGAGGGACUGUGGAGCCUCACUUCCUCCAAAGCUGUACAAAAUUAGUUGAUUUCUGUGUUGUAAAUUAAUUCAUGUUUGAAGUACAAAAAAAGAAAAAACUUUUCUGAGAGAUGGUUGGCAAUUCUAACUUCAUGGUAGACAACAACUGUUAAUAGAGUACGGAUAUAUAUUAUAUAAAUAUAAAUAUAUACUUUUUAUGUGCAGAUGUGGAUGUCACUUAUAGCAGCAACAUUAUGGAAAAAAGACUUGUUAAAAAAAAAAUCAAAAAAACAGCUACAUGUAGGAAUUUUGUUCACAGUUAAUUUUCUGGUCAGCACACUAAAAUUGUCGACUUUGUGUAGUAAUGUUGUUGCUAUGUGGAGUAGAGUAGACCAGGGCCCAGGGAUCCACGUCGUCACUGAGGCAGUCUAGCAAAGGUGCUACAUCCGUGAGAAGUAUUUCCGACACGUCUGUAUUCUGUCUGUGCACAAAAUGUUUUCAGACUCCACCCAUCGUGCUGCAUUGAUAAAACCACCGGAGUGUGUCACCAGUGCACCUCUGCUUUUUAGAUGAUUUGGUCUCAAAUACCAAAACAUGCACCCGUCAAUGCAUGCCCAUUUUGUUGUCAAACUGAAAUAUCUUUUUUCUUUUCUUUCUUCUUUUUUUUCUGUAAGUGAAGAAAGCUAAAUUGUGAAAGGUGACAACAGACCCUGGUUCUCCCUACCCACUGCUGUUUAGAAGUCCUAGAGGUCAUCUUCUGAUGCUUGAUAAAGCCACUCGUAAUGCAGCUGCCCGCCACCCACCUCCACAAACACACACUGGAUGGAAAGCAGACGUGCUGUAUUUUUGUUAGUAAGCAUCUGGAAACUGACAACGUUAUGUAUGUCCUUGUGAUCCUUAGGCAGAGAAAACUUACUAUGAGACCUGUAUGGAGAUAUAACGUCGGUGACCUUUUUGUUGCUAGACCAAACGUGUUUUAAAAAGAGAAAUUGUGAAUCUUUCUAUUGCCUCAAACAGACUGCAACUGCUCCAAAAAAUAUAAACGAACCAUCAAAGAA